GUGUGAAAUCGAGUCCACCUUGGAGCGCCUUCGGAAACUGGAGAGGGAGCUUUACUCCAAAGAGAAGGAGCUGGAAGAGAGGGAGAGGAGGCUUCGACUGUGGGAGGAGAGGCUGAUGGAGAGGUCCAACAUGUCUCCCAGUCCGACCUCUCUACUCAUGGAGCGCUCAAACAUCUCACCAUUCUUCCCACCAAUGUCCAUCGGCUCGUCCGGCUCCUUCUUCCGCUCGCACUCUCAGGACUCCAAUAGCGCCGGGGUCAGCAGUGCUGGCGUCAGCUGCCUCCUCCGCACCCUCAGCAACGGAGACACGGAGAGGGGGGGCAGUGCAGUCCUGGAGAGGGGGAUGGGUUCGCUCGACAGCGGGAGGCUGCACGCCGUGUUCCGAGGGUUGCAGGGGAGGUUCGGAGAGCAGGACGAGGAAGAGGAAGGAACGCUGGAGGAGAAAGGGUGGGGGCAGAGGGAGAGAGACGAGAGCUUGGAGGGAGGAAGGGUGCAGGUGACUCUCAGGAGCUUCCCAGGCGGUGUAGUGGAGAGGGAGGAGAGGACGUGGGAGGAGGGGGACCGGGAGAGAGGAGGGAUGCAGAGGAGCAGGGUGACCACCAUAGUCCGAGGGUUUUCGGGUGGGUUUGGAGAGGCGGAAGGGGAGAGGGAGAAGGAGGGAGGAUGGGAGAUAGAGAAACUGGGGGACCGGCUGGAUGAGAGAGGAAUGGAGGGAGGUAUAGAGGGAGGGAGGCUCCCGACAAUGUUCAAGGGUCUCCACGGGAGUUUGGGGGGCUUGGGGGACAUGCUGUCCUUAGACAUGGAUGACAUGGGGGACAUGGAGAGACUAGGUGACAUGGACAUGAACAUGAACAUGGGCGACUUGGGAGUGAUGAAGGUCAGGAGUGAGAUGGGGGUCAGGGGUCGCAGGAGUGACAUGGGAGUCGUGGUCCAGGGAGUCAGAGGUGACCGCAGCGAGGCCAUCAGCCAAAAGAUUAGAGGCGAAGUCAUUGGUCACUCGGGGGUGCAGGUGAGCAUGCGCGCUUCGUCCAAUCAGAACUCUGUGAAGAGCUGCAGCGUGCGACAUGGAACCAAAAUCAACAUGGCGACUGCAGCCAUGGACAUGAUGGAGCUCGACUGGUCCGACAGCGACUAG